GGAAGUCAGUGUUUGUGCCAUCAGGUUGGAGGCUACUCAAACGGAAUACAAGCUGUUGUUCCUCCAACUCAAGUGUGGCCUCAUCACGAUAGUGGAGGAUGCCACGGAUAGACAUAUUGGAAUUGGAAUGGGAGGUGGAAUUAAAAUGGGUGGCCACUGGGAGAUCCCACUUCUCCUAGCGGAUGGAACGCAGGUGCUUGGUGAAGCAGCCUCCCAAUCUAUGUCGGGUCUCCCUGAUGUACAGGAGACCAGAACGGGAGCACCGGACACAGUAUAUGACCCCAGCAGACUCACAGGUAAAGUGUCACCUCAUCUGGAAGGACUGUUUGGAGCCCUGAAUGGUAGUGAGGGAGGAGGUGUAGGGGCAAAUGUCACACUUGUUCUGCUUGCAAGGGUAAGUUCCAAGAGGAAGAUCAGUGGGGAGGGACGCAUGGACAAGGGAGCCAUGUAGGGAGUGAUCCCGGGAUCCCUGCAGAAAGCAGAAAGUGGGAGUGAGGGGAAAAAGGUGCUUGGUGCUGGGAUCCCGUUGGAGACGGUGGAAGCUCCGGAGAAUUAUGUGCUGGACGUGGAGGCUGAAGGGGUGGUAGGUGAGGACAGAGAACUUUUCUCUGAGCCCCUUUAUGGGCAACAGUUUAGAGCCAGGGCAAUAAUAACGCUUUGUGGGUAUUCCCAAUAUUUCUUUUGUAGAAAGUGUUACAUGGCUAUGUCUCUCGGGAAUUCCUGACCUAUGACUGCUUAAAGCGAAGGACAGAGAACCUAUAGUCAUUGUGAGCACAGAAGUGAAGCUUGGUGCCUCCCACACUUCCUACCUAUCAAAUACCAGCUGCCCCACUUGUAACAAGCAAGUUGGCCUCAUCACAGAACUAGCCGGGAAGCAAGUCCAUCUCAAUUCCAAGUGGACGUGUAUCCUGGGACUGCAAUUAGAAGGUGAGCAGAAAUGUACAAAUGAGUUAUCAGUUCAAGUGACUGACUCAAGGAGCCAAAUUCGUGUGCCUUCGCCACUUGGACAACUUCCUCUUCAAUACUUGUGAUGUUGGAUUAGUCAAGUACAGUUACUUCUGGGUUUGUGGAUUUCUCUUCACAUUUUUAUAACAACUCUACAACUGCCACACAAUGAAAAGACGGAAUAUGGCACUUGUUGCAUUAUACGUGACUCUUCACCUGGUUCGACUUUCGUAUUGUAGCCUUGCUGUUCCAAGGACCGUGUGGAAAUAUGGAGAAGUAUCUUUGAUCACUUUUUCUGCCACUGGGGUGUCAAAUUAUUCCACACUGUUGCUUAAUGAAGAUCGAGGAGUGUUGUAUGUGGGUGCCCAGGAAGCCAUCUUUGCUGUGAACAUGUUAGAUGUUUCGGAUAAAAGGCAUGAGGUCUUCUGGAAAGUCUCAGAUGAAAAGCAAAGAAAUUGUGCUGCUAAAGGGAAAUCCAAAGAGACAGAAUGCCUAAACUACAUUCGAAUAUUGCAUGAAUUUGAUGAUGAAACCCUCUAUGUCUGUGGGACUUUUGCAUUUCAACCAACUUGUGACUACCUUUCAAUUAAGAACUUUACUCUGCAACAGAGAAAUGAGGAAGGUAAAGGCAAGUGUCCAUUUGACCCUGCUCAAAAAUACACUUCUGUAAUGGUUGAUCAGGAGCUUUAUUCGGGAACUGUAUACAAUUUUCUAGGGAGCGAGACAGUCAUUCUUCGGGGUCAUUUAAGGACAGAGUAUGCAAUACCCUGGCUAAAUGAACCAAGUUUUGUCUACUCUGACGUGCUAAGGAAGAGUGAAACUAAUUUGGACAGUGAUGAUGAUAAGAUCUAUUUUUUCUUCACUGAAGUGUCUAUUGAAUAUGAAUUCUUCAGCCGAAUUCUAGUGCCAAGAAUAGCUCGAGUGUGCAAGGGUGACCAAGGAGGAUCAAGAAUUCUGCAGAAAAGAUGGACGUCAUUUCUUAAAGCUCGGCUAGACUGCUCUCUUCCUGAGUCACAUUUUGUCUUCAAUAUCAUUCAGGAUGCUUUUGUUUUGAAAACUUCGCAUUGGAAUGAGACUGUGUUUUAUGGUGUAUUUACAUCACAGUGGAGUAACUUGGAAAUGUCAGCGGUUUGCAGUUUUAACAUGUCCAAAGUGGAGGACAUUUUCUCUACUGGGAAAUUCAUGCAAAGUGCCACCUUUGAUCAGUCCCACGUGAAAUGGGUCAGAUUUGGAGGAUCAAUUCCCUUGCCACGUCCUGGCUCGUGCAUAAACAAUGAAGCGAGAGCUCUGAAUUUCAGUAACACUCUCAUGCUGCCAGACAGAACUCUCCAGUUUGUUAAGGAUCACCCUCUGAUGGCAGAUGCAGUUACCCCCAUUGGAAAUGCCCCUAAAUUGGUCAAGAAAAAUGUCAACUAUAUUCAGAUUGUUGUGGACAGAGUCAGAGCACUUGAUAACCAGCUAUAUGAUGUCAUGUUUCUUGGUACAGAUAAAGGAUUGUUGCAUAAAGCAGUUAACUUUGAUAAUAAAAUGCAUAUAAUUGAAGAAGUGCGUAUUUUUCCAGUUUCUGAGCCUGUACAGACAUUAGUUUUGUCCAAGCAGGACAGAAGGUAUAUCUAUGCAGGGUCUCAUUCGGGAGUUGUCCAAGUUCCUGUUGCUUCCUGUGAAAAAUACAAAACCUGCACAGAUUGCAUUUUGGCAAGGGAUCCUUAUUGUGCAUGGAAUCCGCAGAGUAAACGCUGCACCUCGAUUAUGAAGAGCAACAACCAUAAUGAUUUGUUGCAGUUUCUGAAUGGAAAUGCAACUCUGUGCAGAACCAAAGAUGUGGAACCUGUGUCGUCUGAAGAGCGUGUAGUGGAAAAAGGAGGGUUGACUGAAUUGACGUGCCUACCUGCAUCCAGACUGGCUAAAGUUACGUGGAAGUUAAAUAACAGACCUAUCAAUAAGAGUUCAAAAUAUCGAGUUGAUCAAAACAAUCUGCUGAUUCUUCAUCUUUCUGAAGCUGAUUCCGGUGUCUAUGAUUGCUGGACCAUGGAAGCUGUAAUGGGAGAUGACUAUGAGCAGCUAGUGAAAAGGUAUUCUCUGAUCAUUGGGGGUCCAUCCAACGUGAUAACUGCAGCUCCAACUACACCUCUUACUCAGACGGAAGGUAAAUUAGCAACACCUUUGACGAGCACAGAUAAAGAAAGGAGAUCUCCUCACACAGUCACAAUCCGGAGUCAAACUGAGGUUUCCACUUCAACUGUGUUCCAGAGUUCAGCUGGCACAUCCUCAACCCCCAUGCUUAUGCCUAUAACUAAUAAUGAUAUUAAAAUCGAAACUAAUAUUGUCAGAAGGGUUGCUGAGUCUGAAGGAACUAAUAGUAUUCUCUUGUUUUUCUUUGUGGUAAUUGUGCUUCUGUUCCUAAUGCUAGUUACUUACAAUUGUUACAUGAGAUAUUUGCCAGGGCCUUGCCUGAAACUUUGCUUGUAUAAAGUUGGUAAUGGGAAGAAGCCAAAAUUUGAUUAUGAUAAUGUUUCUGAGGAGCUUGUAAAACAACCGGCAGUGAAAAUCAAUGGAGAUAAUCAAGGUAGUGAACAGAUUGCUACUGGCGACAGGGGUUAUGAAACUGAAUCAGACUGUGGGAACGGGAAAAUUUCUAAUACAGAGAAGCCCCAAGAGCUAAAGCAAAUUCAGGAAAAUUGCUCCAUCAAAUCUGUUGAUCCAGAGAAAGAUGCAGAUAUUAAAUACAUUGAUGAGGAAGCACAGAGUCUUUGCUAGCAGUUGGUCGUAUGUGUACAGCUUAAAAUGGGAGAAUAGGAAGUUUUUAAGAAACAAUAUAGAUCAUGAAAUGCUGUAUUAAAAAUUUGUUUUAGAUUAGAAGAAACCUUUGAAAAUAAUGUUAUAAGUGAAAAUCAUUCUCUUGUAUUCAACCUGCAUUAUAUUCAGCAGUCUGAUUAGAAUUAAUGUUUUCAUUAUCUAGGUAAUUUGUAGUACAUUCCAAAUUGGAAAUUAUUCAUUUAUCAGAUUGGUAAAUCUCAAAGUACUGUCCAAAUUGGAGCAUGAAUCUCUUUUGCAUACACUGUAUAUGUAAUAUUUUGUAUUGCACUGAAAUUUGAAUAAUAUUCUGUAGCAAUAUUUAUAGCUUAUUGCUGUAUCUAAUGUAGGUUGAUGCCUUUGUUUCUGCUAACAUUGUACUCCUCAGGGAUCAGACAGUGAAUCGUAGAUUUGUGGGCUUUCUUUAACUUGCCUCCUGAAAAUAGAGGAAAGACUUUGUGUGUGUGUGUGUUUGUGUCCAACUUUAAAUGAUGUAUAUGUGGUACAGUGAAGCAUGGGGUCUCCAGGCCUUUGACUUAAAGAAGAAAUGCAUUUCAGAAGGGGGGGGAAAAAUGCAUUGUUAAAGUGUUUUUACUGAGCCAUAGCUGUAGCACAGGGCCUAGUUGAAAAGACUAUCCUUACCUGUGGAAGAUUAGUAUUAUUAUUUAACUGAAUAUUGUGACCAAUAUGGAUGCAUUGCUACAGAAGUGGCACUUCUUAACUGGUAUAGUAUGAAUCAAAUAAUAUACUUGGACAAAAACAUGAAAAUUACCAGCCAGCUGCAUCUUUCGCAAAGUCGUUGGUUCUUGGCUCUGGACUUUGAAAGACCUGAUGUGAUGGAUCUAGAGGACCAACAGAAAUGCACGGCAAUUAUGUUUUGCUGCUACAGAUAUUGGAUUGUUUUAGUAACCCACUGAACUGCUAUAGAAAAUUAGAGCAAUGGGUGCAACUAACCAGCUUUCUAAUCUCCUGUUGGAUGGCAGCACAAGACACUUGUAUUUUAAGUUUAUAUAUAUGUAUAUAAAUAGUAAGCAUUUCAUUUUCUGGGAUCUUUACUGCUGCUGUGCAUGUAUAUAUACAAAAAGAUAUUCCUUUUGAAAUUUUAUUCAGCAAAUUUUUGCAUUUUUAUUUUUGAGUUAGUGUAGGGAAGUUGUUUCAUGUACUACAUGUAGUGGUGUAAAAAAUUGUGUAUAAAAUUUUAUUUUUGUAAUUGUAAACAUGAAUUGAGGGCUACAAAGAUACUGUCACCAUUUACAAAAAUAACAUUUGACUGAGCUGUGUAUGCGUGUGUGUCUGCGUGUGCAUGUGCACUUGGGUGUUCCAGUUGUUGAUCUGCUGUGCAAUCCAAAAUUAAUGAAGCCCUUAAGUGCCACUACUUCUGUCUGACACAAUCCAGUGAUCUAUUAUCCUGUACUGCACGACUGAUCUUCUUUGUAGCAUUUGUAUCUUUGGAACUCUGUUUGCUUCGUACCUUUUCUGUCUCACAGCUUCUCCUGUUUUACCUUUCACUCCUCUUGGUCCCACCUCCACCUGCUGGGCAUGAUCCACCACCUACCCUUGCUCUUACCCUAUCUGAAGGGUCUUCUCAUGAGCGGUCCAGUGCAGUUAUCCAGCUAUUGCCACCGCUGCUCAGCGAUCAGACAAACACUGUUUGUAGCCCUGGAUCUGUUCAUCUCUUCUGUCAAGCGAUUGGUGAGUAACAGGAAUGUAUGUUUGUACAUUAGAUGAGGGGUAAGGAGAAGCCAAAUUAACCUGUUCAGUGCUGCAGAUUGCUUUCAUUCUUCUUUCUAAACAAGAGGGUUAAACAUAAUAACAGCAAAUGCAAAUUUAACAUUUAUGAUAUAUUGAAAAUCGUGAGCCAUUUCCUGCAUUUGUUGGAUUUUCUGUACAGUAAUGUAAAGAGUUUUAUUAAGUAUGUGGAAUGAUAUACCUAGUGCUCUUUGUCUUUCACUUGGUGAAAUAUGGUAAUGUUUGUAUAGUGGUCAUUUUGAAAUAGAUUUUUUAACCAAAUUCUGCAAUAAAUUUCAAAAUGCAAAAAUUCAUUGUACUUUGAGUAUAAAUCAAAUAGUGUACAUGAGUGGUGUAAUGUGUCUUGUCUGAUUGGUGUUAAUUAUAUGGAAAAUGCAGGAGCAGGAAGAUAACAUUCCUGAGUUGGAACCUUGGAGGUUUGCACUAAUGGUCUAGAAAUUUGUCCUAUCAGGAAGUUUAGAUUUAGUUAGUUUAAAUAUGUCUGGAAUGGAACAGCAUCAGAGAUAGUGACCUUAAAAUGUUGUCGUUAAAAUCUCAUCUCCUCCAGUUCAAAGAAAUGAAUGAUGAUACAGUGCCUAGGGAGAUAGAACGAUAUCCAAAGGCCUUGGAAGGACAAAAGGAGGACUAGACUUGCAGUAAUAUACACCCAGGCAGCUGGAGAUAUUAACACUAGUCAUGCUGUGACUAAGAUGGGACAGGUGCAAGAGACCAAUUCUCCUCCUCCAGUUCUCUUAGAAUUAGAAAAUAAAUAGGUGUUGAGGGAAGAAAAAGAUGGAAGCUAUGGGGGGGGGGGGAAUGGACUAGAACUUUAAAAUUAAAACAUUGUCUAUCAAGAGACAAUGUUAAUCUUCCAACUAUCAUGGAGCAGUAUUAAAGGGACUUGGUUUGAAAGUGGGAACGGAGUUUAGGAUGAACUCAAGUUUGUGGAGGGUGGAAAUGGCAGAUUGGUUAGGAACCCAUUGGGAUAGAUUUCAAUAUCAUUUGUGAUGAGGCAGGUGCAAAAUGUGUUACUUCUUAUUCAUGAGGCAAGCAGCGUACAAGUGUAGAAUGACAGUGGUGAAAUUGAGAUUAUAAUCAUGAUUUUGAGAUGAUAUUACAUUGGGCAGCAUGUGGUAGAGGAACAGUAAGGACGAACAACAGAUUCUCAAGAGUCCUGCAGCACAGAGGAAAGAAUUAUUACAGGCGAUUCUUGGGUUGUCACCAAAUGGUUGGGAAUAAGUUGAGGCCUGUUCUGCAUAACAGGAUGUUAGAGGAGGGUGGUGUAGUUGAUUAUGUUGAAGGAUGCAGACUUCCCUCAGGAGGAAUGGAUCAUACAUCACAGUCACAGAGGAUGUCAUUGGUUACUUUCUGGAAUGGAGUGUUUCAUGUAGUGCCAGGAUGGCAAACCAGUUAGAGAUAUUAAGUUUUUGAUGACUUCCUUGGUGGUUAAUAUGUAUCUGGUUGUGUUUCGUGAAUCAGAUAUGUAUAGGUAUUUUCUUCUGUCAGGGAUCUUUAGAAAUGUAUGCCUACAUUCGACUUGUACUGAUCCUGCAAGGGUAUUUAUUAUAUCCACAGAAAAUACAUCUGCACUUACUUAACAAAGCAUAUACAUUGAUUGUUCACCUGAAAAGCAACCUACAGCUAAAUAGCCAGUAAAGAACUGGAAGUUUUUUUUUAUGAGAACACCGCUUCAAAGGUAAAUACACUACAAAGAACUUUAACUGGACAAGCUUAUGUAGCUGUUUUGGAGAUGGUGACUUGGUACAAAUGGAUCACUGAAAUACGACAACUGCUUAUCUACAGCAGUAUCUAAGAAAAUGGAGAUUGAAGUGAAUAAUGAUUCUCUGCUGUUGGUAGAAAUUGCUGUGGUUUUGAAGUGAGGUGCUGCCAAAUGUCCAAAUAAUGUGUGUGGUGAACUUCAUUAUCCUGUGUCAGGACCUGAGCUUUAUUCCUGAUGAACAUUUCCAAAAGGCCGAAAAGGCAAGUGAUCUUCACUGAAUAGCAGUGACCAAUGUUUUUGUUUUAAACGUAUGUAGGAUCAGAGUCUACUAUCAUUAAAUAUGUUUCAAAACUAUUG